UGUGUUUAUGUGGGCUAAAGGUUGGUGGCAGAAGGCGCAGUGGGAGUUCUUUACCCCGUCACACCAUAUCGAUCUUGUCCUGCUCUCUCGUGAAGUGAAGAUGCCUCUGUCACGGUCUUUGUCGAUGACAUCUUUAAGUGGCGUACUGCCAGCGUGGGAGGAGGAUGACUUGCCCGUGGAGGACCUGCUGCUCUUCGAGGUCGCCUGGGAAGUCACCAAUAAAGUCGGCGGAAUUUACACUGUGAUUCAGACCAAGGCCAAGAUCACUGUGGACGAAUGGGGGGAGAACUACUUCAUGUUGGGGCCCUAUUUUGAACACAACUUCAAGACUCAGGUGGAAGCCUGCGAGCCACCUUUUCCUCCAAUCAAGAAGGCUUUGGAUGCUCUGAUCCAGAAUGGUUGCCAGGCUUAUUUUGGCCGCUGGCUAAUUGAGGGCAGUCCCUAUGUGAUCCUUUUUGACAUUGGAACGGCCGCUUGGAACCUGGACCGUUGGAAGGGUGACCUAUGGGAGACCUGCAACAUCGGUUUGCCCUACCAAGAUCGCGAAGCAAAUGACUCGCUCAUCCUGGGAUCGCUGAUUGCCUGGUUCUUCAAAGAGUUAACAGACCUGCUUGGAGACAAGCCCAACGUCAUCGCUCAUUUCCAUGAGUGGCAAGCAGGUCCCGGGCUUAUUCUCUGUCGCUCUCGGAAGAUCCCCAUGGCAACCGUCUUCACUACUCAUGCAACUCUGCUGGGACGAUAUCUCUGCGCAGGGAAUGUUGACUUCUACAACAACUUAGAUAAGUUCAACAUCGACAAGGAGGCCGGCGAGCGUCAGAUUUACCAUCGCUACUGCUUGGAGAGAGCCGCUGUCCAUUGUUCUCACGUCUUCACAACAGUCUCGCAGAUCACUGCUGUGGAGGCCAAUCAUAUGCUACAUAGAAAGCCAGAUGUGGUGACUCCUAAUGGACUGAAUGUAAAAAAGUUCUCAGCCAUGCAUGAGUUUCAGAACCUACACUCCAUCAACAAGGCUCGCAUCCAGGAGUUUGUCCGAGGACAUUUCUACGGACAUCUGGACUUCAACCUCGAUAAAACGCUAUUCUUCUUCAUCGCUGGGCGCUAUGAGUUCUCCAACAAGGGAGCCGAUCUUUUCCUCGAGUCGCUAUCCAGGCUCAACUACCUGCUUCGAGUCCACAGAAAUGAUGUGACGGUGGUCGUUUUCUUUAUCAUGCCAGCUAAGACCAACAACUUCAAUGUGGAAUCCCUGAAGGGGCAAGCUGUACGCAAACAACUCUGGGAUACGGCCCACACUGUGAAAGAGAAGUUUGGGAAAAGGCUGUAUGAUGCGCUCUUAAUAGGCAAGAUCCCUGAUAUGGACUCCAUUCUGGACCGGGAUGACUUCACUAUAAUGAAGAGAGCCAUCUACGCCACUCAGAGACACAGCCUCCCUCCAGUGACAACCCACAACAUGCUUGAUGACUCAUCAGAUCCCAUCCUCGCGAACAUCCGACGGAUCGGCCUCUUCAAUUCCAGGAACGACCGUGUUAAGGUGAUCUUCCAUCCCGAAUUUCUGUCCUCUACGAGUCCUCUGCUGCCGCUAGACUAUGAGGACUUUGUCCGUGGCUGUAACCUCGGCGUAUUCCCCUCCUACUAUGAGCCUUGGGGAUACACACCAGGUGAAUGCACAGUAAUGGGCAUUCCCAGUGUGACGACAAACCUUUCUGGUUUUGGGUGCUUCAUGGAGGAACAUGUAUCAGACCCUGCCGCCUAUGGUAUUUACAUCGUGGACCGGCGGUUCCGUUCUGCCGAUGAGUCCUGCAACCAGCUGACUCAGUUCAUGUUCAGUUUCUGCCAGCAGUCGCGGCGUCAGCGCAUCAUCCAGCGCAACAGAGCGGAGAGGUUGUCUGACCUGUUGGACUGGAGAUACCUGGGACGGUUCUACAUUCACGCACGCCUCCUUGCGCUGAGCAGAGCUUUCCCUGACAAGUUUAAAGUGGACCCAAUGGCGCCUUUAAAGAUGGAGGGUUUCCGCUAUCCCCGGCCUUACUCGGUGCCCCCCUCUCCGUCGGUUUCGGUCCACUCCACGCCCCACCACAGCGACGUGGAGGACGACGACGACGAUGAUGAUGAACCCUACGAUGAAGACGAGGAGGCCGAAAAGGACCGACUGAACAUCAAGGCUCCCUUCGUCCUGGGUACGGCGCCAGAAGACAAAAACUAAGAUUUUUACUGAUCUCCAGGAUUCCUAAAGAGGAAAUGGACGACGACAUCCGUCGGACCAGGGAGCGGAGGACGACUUUCAGAAGUAUUCUCUCUUCCACACUGGCAUCUCCUGGAAGUACACCUCCUCGAGGUUUUCAUCAGCUACGAGAAAAAGACAUCGAAACAGUCACAUUUCAGGUGGAGCAGUGCAUCAAUUCGUACAACUUGUCUGGAUUCUUUUAGUUGCUCUUAUCUUCAGAAUUCUUUAUAUAUACACAGAGGCUAAAAGUCAGUAGCGGAAAGAAAACCCCACAAUGAUCAAUGAAACUGUACUUAAAAAUGUCAAAAUAAUAAAAGGAUGGAACUCUUGCGCCCAACCUAUUCGAAGCAGUUACUGCAAGAAAAUAAUUUCUGGAACUAUCAUCACUGGGUGCCUGUCGCCCCCCCCCCCCCCCC